AUUCAGUAUUACUAGUUUAUUUUCCUGCGAAGAGAUUUCCUAGCCUUUCUUUUAGGGAGAUCUAACCGUUCUUUCAGAAAGGAAAAAAAUCACGUGGUUACAUAAGGUUAAGGAUUAUCACCGCUAGGCUGGAAGAUCUGGCCACAAACUCAAACCCUAGGCACGUCGUGGUCUCCAACAUUUCUCCCAAAGUAGCCGUUUUGAGAGUCGACCGUCACAAUAAGUCUCAGCAGGCAAGAAUUUUUUUCCGAUCUCAGUCACAAAGUGAUGAUAAUUGACAGUCAUCAUUAACAUCUCUUGUGGAGGGUAACAUGACAUCCGCUUUCGGAAAUUCUUGGGGUAUCAUAAUCGGCGGUGGGAAGCAGUGAGGUCCAUCAAGGACGCAAAAUACUAAGUCCACACUCCAAGACUGACCCCGACCGCCAAGGUCGGGAAAACACCAAGCUCAGAAAUCAGCCAGACUCAACGGAUGAUGAAGUCGGUCGACCCCGACCCUGAGGUCGGGAAAACAACAGGCUCAGGAAUCAACCAAACUCGGCAAGUUAUGAGCCCGACCUUGAUGCACUCGAGGUCGGUACCAGGUCUGAUCCCGGACGUCAAACACUUGGUCAACAGUAAUCAAGCACCAGGUAGUCAACUACCUCAAAAGGAGAAAACAUGACACAGAGGGGCGAGUCCUCUCAUCACGGGCCUGAGCUCCCAGACAUCGACCUCAGUAAUCCCCCAAGGUCUGAAUAAGGCAUUAUGGACUUAGAUGAAAUCCGCAAGGAUCUGUUUCACAAGGAGAUGUCGCCACGUCACCAGGGAAUAUUCUCAGUUACCCACGCUUAACCACAUGGGAUUUCUGGCAGCAAUUCUGUUAGGAGCAAACUCCAAUCAUCCAGCUAUUGAAGACUCUCUCUCUAAUCAGCUUUACACGUGGCUGCUCCUCAUCGAAUUAGGCUGUUAGUUUGUUAGAGUAGCUUUACACGUGCCCCUCUCCUAUUAGACUAGCAUCUUUUACUUGGGCACCAAGUAUUGCGUUUACCCCUUAGUAUAAAUAUCACCUCCCAACCUGUGGAAGGGAUGGCAUUCUGAAUUCUAUACUGUUAUACUGCCGAAAUUAUGAUCUGCACUUUACGAUCACUUCACCCUCUCCCUUGUCUCUUUUUCUUGGUGGAUUCCGGCCACCCCUGGUCUGACGAUCCAUCAAUUUUGGUGCUUUCAUUGAGAGCUGAACUGUGAACAAGUCAGAUCCUCCCCAUUUUCUCCAGACCUAUAACAAACUUUUCAGCAACAAUGGCUGGAAGGAAAACCCUGAGAAGUCGACGUGUUGUUGCCGCCGUCGCACAGACGGAGCCCUCACUGGAAGCUACUGCCACUUCUGGAGAUACGAGGGCCGCCAGGGAAACAAGUUGCUAGAACUUCUGCGGAUCUACGCAGUCAGAUUCAGCAUGCUUCUCCAGAUCUGCGUCAGUAGAUCUCGCUCAACCGUGAUGCAGCGGCAAUGCCGUCCGCACAGGUUAUCCCGCAAUUCCAGAAUCUUCUGAUGGUGGAUCCCUCUGCGGCGGUUGGCGCCCUCAUCACCGGAUUGCAGCAGGUACUCCCCACACUGCAAUCUCAGCCUACAGCUACUGUGGCUCCCAAUGCCACCAGGCAUGUCUCACGGGCGAACUCCAGAUCCCGGUCUCUAAGAGUGGGCUCUAUUGACGCCCCUCUCGUGGUGGAAAGACCAGCACAGAUGGUCUACCAAUCUCCCCCUCGCCUGAGGGAGACUCCAGGGAUCAACUCCCCCUAUCCGUCAGGUGGUUUCCGCAGCACCUGUGAACGUUGUGUGUCUCGCACAACAAGCGGGGACCUCUUGCCCCACUGUGGCACCACAGAGGACGGCGCCACCGCCACGUCCCAUGCUACCGUCCAGGUACACUGCACGCCGUGUUGAUUACGACUGUGCCAAUGAUGAGGGUGUUUAUGCUGUCACCACCGAGGACUCCUCGCAGUCCCCCUCCCUGCAACAGGAUGACAACCCCAAUCCCUGGAUUGAAGUGGGAAGGCGUCCCAUCUUCUCCAGAUUGGGGGACAGAUCCAUGGCGAAUCAGCGCCUGUCUGUCAACAUAUGGGGGAUCAACAGGGCAAAUUCCUCAAUCCUCGACAUCCCCCGGCAACAGCAACAACAACAGCCUGGGAGAAGGACUCCAGAGCGUGUACCCGCUUUUGAGAGGCUAGGGGGCAAUCAUUCCCCCAGAUUCGCCCCCCCCCCCCCCCCCCCACACCACCAGCAGAUGCCUUCUACUCCAAGGCAACAACACGCUUCACCAUUGCGCCAACAACAACAUCAGCAGCCCCUGCGCCAGCCAAAGCUAUCACCGCCAAGGCGACAGGUUGAAUCUUCACCACGGCGCCAACGCUAGGUGGAUUCGCGGGAAGAGCAGAUCUGCCUCCUGACCCAACAGGUUAAUGAGCUGCGGGCUGCAGCUGUUACAGCGGUACCGCCACCGCCACCGCCUCCCCAGCACACGGCGCGUGAUGCUCAGUUGGAAGCGCUCGUGCUCCAGGUCCAACAACUCUAGGCUCAGGUCAACCAGGAGCCUACUCCGGUAAGGGUAAGGACUGUUACCCCCUUUACCACACGGAUUAUGCAGGCCCCUAUACCCCCAAAGUAUAAGGGGCCCUACAUUCAGC